CCUGACAGCCUGCGGUCUGCCUCCUCAGAGACAAUAAAGAGGCAGUAGAUUUUAAUGAGACAGGGAACAGGAGAAUUAUGACAAGCUGUGGGACCCCUUAAAUCUGCUGGAUUGAGCACAAGAAUGCAAAAGAAAAGUCUGUUUGUUUCUUCAGAUAUAUUUGUGCCGGAUGAAUGUCAUAUGCGGGAGAGUUUCUGUUGUUCGGGACUUUGAAUUGAGUAAUGUCUAAUGGGCGAACACAAACGUGGAUUUCUGCUGAUAACGAAAAGGACUGCCACAAGAAAACGAAUUAAGUGAGAGAGUUUUUCAUUAGUUCACAAGGAAGUUUAUCUUAUCAGUUUGAUUUGAAGCUAACUGACACUGACCUUGGCAGUCCUCGCCUGGGAAAUCUGCACAUUUUAACUACCGAGCGAACCAAAUGCAGAGAGAAAGAUGCAUUUGGGUAAGGCUUUGCUGUUUGUCCUCCUCCUCAACUGCGCAACGUUGAGCUCAUCUCUGUCAACUUGUGCCACCGUGGACAUUGAUCAUGUGAAAAGGAAGAGGGUCGAGGCGAUACGAGGCCAGAUCUUGAGCAAACUCCGGUUGACAAGCCCCCCACAGUCCCUCGGUCCGAGUAAAAUCCCGUAUCAAAUCCAAGCGUUGUAUAACAGCACCAAGGAGCUACUGGAGGAGCUCAGGAGGGAUCGGCAGCAAAGUUGCGGUCAGGACAACACAGAGACAGAGUACUAUGCCAAAGAGAUAUACAAGUUCAACAUGGUCUACGGACCGCCAGAAAGCAACGAUCUGCUCUACUGCCCAAAAGGCAUCACCUCUAAGGUUUUCCGCUUCAAUGUCUCUGCCAUGGAAAGGAACUCGACCAACCUUUUCAGAGCAGAGUUUCGAGCUCUGAGGGUGCCAAACUCAAGCUCCAAGAGGAAUGAACAGCGGAUUGAGCUCUACCAGAUUGUGAGGCCAAACGAACACAUCAGGAAACAACGCUACAUUGGAGCCAAGAACGUGCUGACCAAAGGUACUCCAGAGUGGGUCUCAUUUGAUGUGACUGAAACAGUGCGGGAAUGGCUGAUGAACAGAGGAACUAAUAUGGGGUUGGAAAUCAGUGUGCACUGUCCCUGCCACACUUUUAACCCAAAUGGCGACAUCAUUGACAAUGAGAACGAGGUGCUGGAGGUGAAGUUUAAAGGCGUGGAUGGAGAUGAGGAGCACAGUCGCUUGGAUCUGGAUCACCUGAAGAAGAAAAAGGAUCAGUUCAUGCCUCACCUUAUCCUCAUGAUGAUCCCACCCCACCGCCUGGACACUCAGUCCACACGCCGACGCAAGAGAGGGCUGGACACAAACUACUGUUUCUCAAACACGGAGGAAAGCUGCUGUGUUCGGCGGCUCCACAUUGAUUUCCGGCGUGACUUGGACUGGAAGUGGAUCCAUGAGCCCAGUGGUUACGAUGCCAACUACUGCUCCGGGCCCUGCCCUUACCUGAGGAGCUCAGACACAACACACAGCUCGCUGCUGAGCCUGUACAACACUCUGAAUCCAGAGGCAUCGGCCUCCCCUUGCUGUGUCCCUCAAGACCUGGAACCCCUCACUAUACUCUACUACUCUGGACGAACCCCCAAAGUAGAGCAGCUCUCCAACAUGAUUGUCAAGUCUUGCAAGUGUAGCUGAGAAGACAUGAAAGGCGAGGUAGUAUGGCAGGAUUUUACAAGGUACUGACGAAACCCAUGCUCAUUGACUUUUGGACUCUUAGCUGUGACAAAUACUUAAACUGACCCUGUGGCCUCUUGGCUUAGAUCUGAACACCACUCUGGAGGAUGCAGGUUUUCUUUAAAACUUGAGAUCAUCUUUUUUUUUACCAUUAUUUUGCAUUUUAUUUUUCACCCUCCUACUCAGUCACUUAUGGAUGACAAGUAGUUAUUUUCAUCUUAAAAAGUCUAACCCAAACUUCAUCUUGCAAUAUGAUCUUAAACAAUCUUUCCUUGUUGAUAUUUGUGAAGGUGGACAACAAACUCCUAAAGCUAGAUUGCAGAAAGCCCCGUACAAAUCAGUCUGUGAGAAAGAGAAAAACUGACCCGAAGCUGCUUUGUGGACAGUGAACGAAAGAGACUUACUUUGUGGUAUAUUUUCUGCAAAUAUUCCACAAAGUUACAGUCUCUACAUUGCCAAAGCAGCUUUACUGUUACUGGCCUUGGGGUGAUAUUGUUAAUAGUCACAAAUACAGACCUCUUGAGUGGGUGAAGAGUCCUUUCAGGCUGGAUUUUUACCUUGAACUUAAGUUCCCUUCCCUUCAAACAGUGGACAUUAUCUUCAAACACAAAAGGAGAAAGGGCAGACUUGCUGCUGUAUCCAAAGCCAUAGCUGUGGUCAGGGAAAAGGAGAGCUGAGAGAAUGCCUGUUGGAUUUGCAAUGGAAAGUGAAUGAACAAAGAAGUCGAGCCAAGCUUUUCUUUUUUUUGGCCAGCGAGCAGCAAUGGCCUUUUUUUUAUGUGGUGCAUCUAUUAGAAUGGAUGGAAGGCGAAGAAGAGGGGACCUGUAUGGAAGGGAAGAACUGUGAUGGAAACUAGCCAUGAGCACACUGCCAUUCACUGGAAGUCCUCAUCCCUAACAGGUUCAAAUUAUUUCUGGGACAUCAAAGAAUAUACUGGAAAGGAACACAUGUUAUGCAACAGGUUUUUAUGAGAUUUCUUUUACAUUAAUAGCAGAUUUGGUCUGUUAUGCAACUGGUCAAAUACUGAUUGUUUCACUAACUGGGAUAAAUAUUGACUUGUAUUUCCAUUGUCCAUGGUGCAAACACCUUUAUGUUAAACUGUGGGUACUGUUAUAUUUUAUUGUAAUUUAGAAGAAUGUGCAGCUUUUUUGUCCACAUACAAAGUUUAGUUUGACCAUGUGAUCCAGUAUAUGUUUGACUAAAGUCUUAUUGUUAUUAUAAAAAGGCGACUAUCCCCAGAAGCACUUUUCUCCGGCAAUAACAGGCAAUGUCAUGUACUUUAAAAUGUAGCUGUCAACUUCUUUUUUAUCCUAUUCUCCUGUCAACUCACCUGUCACCCUUCACUCCAGCCAGCUGACAAGGAAUCGCAUGUGUAGUCAGGACCCUGGUGUUCCCAAAACACUGCAGUCUUUCAUUCCCUCUGCUCUGUCUCUGUUUAUUUUGGUGCUCUUUUACAGUGUGAAGCCCUAAUGGAACAUGAAAAUUAAGAGGGGGAGUCAUGACGGUGGCUGGAUGUACAGUUCGACCAAAUUUUUUUUCAGUCAAGAGAAUGAUUCUAAAUCCCUGUACUGUUAGACAUUCGCCCAGUCAGAGUCAUCUUUAGAUGUCUGUGAAGAUUAUCAGUCAUCCAGGUCAUAGUUAUCCAAGGAGGGUUGAAUCAAGGGCAACUGGACUUGGUUGAAGAUACUUCCAAGAGGCUUCUUCAGUUCAGUUGUGUUCUUGAAGAAGCCUCUUGGGGAGAGGCGAAACGAUUUUCAUCCAAGUGCAGUUGCCCUUCAACCCUUCUUGGAUUGCCUUUAGGUGACAUUUAGGCAACGUUUUGUGUCAGUAAUAUUGUUUGAUUGACUUGUUGAUCGUGAUUAUUAUUAAAAAUUUAACAUGCAAAA